GGAGCGGAAAUAGGAUUAAUAUCAACAACCUGAGUUUACAACAACUCCGGUGAAACUUCACAACACUCCAACCCGAUAAGCUCCGUCACAUUGUAGUGUUCAGUUAAAAUGCUUUAACAAUAUCCGGCACAAUAUGGUGGAAGUGGUUAUAUGCGCUUCGAGGAAGAGGGUUGUUUUUGGUGCUGAAACUCGGUGGCUAGUUUAGCCUGAGGAGCUAAAUUAGCUAACUUUUAGUCAGUUGAUGCGUGAAGUCAUUUCGACAGCCUCGGUGAGGAAACUGUCAACUAGUAUGCUCGGAUAUCGCUCUUUGGUUAAGUCUCUCAAUGUUGCGGGGGUUGCCAGAUUGUGUGCCAGCUGCUGUUGACUCGUCCUGGUAGUUUUAUGUGGCUUGAUAGUGCCUGGUCCGCUCAUAAUGCACCUGCAGCUGCUCCCACCUGUCAACUAGCUGGCUCCUCUCCUCCUGUCCACCCGUCUGCCGUCGCCCAAUGGCUCACUGCGGCUCCUCCGAGCCAAAGCCACAGGCACCGUCGCAGGGCAGCGUAGAUCAGAGCAUGAAGCCCGUGCUGUUCGAGAUCUUCGGUGAGAUAUGGACCGUCGAUUCGCGCCUCGGCCAAGGAGUCUCGGCCUCGGUGUACCGGGUCAGCUCAGGCAGGGCCACCACCGCCGCUGUCAAGCAGUUUCAGGUCGACACUCGGGGAGGAGAUUACGGGUAUCACAAGGAGAGGUCUGUGCUGGAGCACAUACAGGGACACAAAAACAUUGUGACACUGUACGGGGUUUUCACCAACAACAGCUGUAUGGGUGUUUCCACCCGCUGUCUCCUGCUGGAGCUCUUGGAUGUCAGUGUGUCCGACCUGUUGGUGAGAGGAAGGAGUGAUAACCAAGGUGGUAGACCCCAGCAGGGUCACUCCAUGUGGCUUGUCCAGCACUGUGCAAGAGACAUCCUAGAGGCUCUCGCCUUCCUCCACAAGGAAGGCUAUGUCCAUGCCGAUCUCAAGCCUCGCAACAUCCUGUGGAGUGCUGACGAUGAGUGCUUCAAGCUCAUCGACUUUGGCCUCAGCUUCAAAGAGGGAAACCAGGAUGUCAAGUACAUCCAGACAGACGGGUAUCGAGCACCAGAGGCUGAGAUUCAGAACAGCCUCGCUCAGGCCGGGGUUGAGGUGGAGGGAGACUUAGGCUGCACAGCCGCUGUGGACCUGUGGAGCCUUGGCAUCAUCCUGUUGGAGAUGUUCUCAGGAAUCAAACUCAAAGACACCGUCCGCUCACAGGAGUGGAAGGAUAACAGUGCUGCCAUUGUUGACCAUAUCUUUGCCAGCAACAGUCAAGCAUGCCCUGCCAUCCCUGUCUAUCACCUCAGAGACCUUAUCAAAAGCAUGCUUCUCAUUGACCCAAAGCAAAGAUGCACAGCUGAAACUGCGCUCCGGAGCCCGUUCUUCAGUAUUCCCUUUGCUCCUCACAUAGAGGACCUGGUUCUGCUGCCCUCUCCUGUUCUACGUCUGCUCAACCUGAUUGACGACAGUCAUCUGCACAAUGAAGAUGAGUAUGAAGACAUCCUGGACGACAUGAAAGAGGAGUGCCAGAAAUACGGCUCAGUGGUUUCUCUGCUCAUCCCCAAGGAGAAUCCAGGGAAAGGACAGGUGUUUGUGGAGUAUGCAAACUCCGGCGACUCCCAAGAGGCUCAGAGGUUGCUGACAGGCCGCACCUUCGAUGGGAAAUUUGUCGUGGCCACUUUCUACCCUCUCAGCGCUUAUAAAAGAGGUUACUUGUAUCAAACUGUGCAGUAAAGCCCUAGAGCUCACUUUAUAUCAUUGGGAACUGCAUAGGUCACCACAAAAGAGAGAGAAAAGUUGUUUUCUCCCUUUGAAAAAAGACCUUAGAAGCUAUGAGUGGCCAUCCUGCAGUUAAAAUGCAUUCAGUUAAAAAGGAGUGUAGUUUAAAGUUCUGCAUGCAAGUCAUGUGGUACAUCUGUGUAAAUUGAACUCAGUUGUGAGCAGUGUACAGUAACACUCAUCAUAUCUCUGCUGCCUCCAGUCUGGUUGCCACUCUUAUCAGUACACAUCCAUCUGGUGCUUCGAGGUGAACUGCAUCUGUUGUUACUAAUGACUCUGGGGACAGACUACUUACUGUUCUCUAUUCCAUUUUUCACACUUCAUUCACAGAAAUGACCAAUGCUGAGAGAAUGUGAAUCUGAAUAGUUGCACAUCUCUAGAUCUCUCUGGAAAAGUAGUCGAAUACUUUCAGGGAUGAGAUUAGAAACAAGCGGGAUAACACUGACCUCCUAGUCGUAAUGAAUGGGAGUUCUAAGUCCGAAACCUAAAAGCCCUGUCAUGCAGCCGUAUGCUUUGUAGCUUUUUUGCAUUAGUUACAAGAUACAAAAGCAUCCAUAUGUUCUUUUGGUUUCACUCAGUCCAUCAUGGUAUCGGUGGACCUGCAGUGCCCGUCAAGCAAACUGUCAAACAGGGAAGCAUCAGAUGGUUUCUAUCCAAGUUCCCAAUGACAUUCACAAGCUAGCUAGCUAACUAACCAAAAUGCUUCCACAACAACAGGUUGUGCUGCACCUGUAUGUGUUGGUUGCUCAUGUAGCUGAAGCAGAUGCCUUAGAAAAGAAUUCCCUUCCAGCAGUCGUAACCUAGUGCUGCUCGCUAACAACAUGGAUUCUUAAAUAUCUUCCAAAAGCUGCUCAGUGCAAAAACAUUUUUUAAACCUGGCUAUAACACGUAGGUGGAGAGUCAUGAAGUCAGUAAACUGAGUGUGCGAUUUUAGAGACAUAUUUUCAUGAGACAACGUUAGCAAACAUUAUUCAACAUUAGCCACUUAACAUUAACCAACAUUAUCUACUUCAAGUCUGCUAACAUUAGAAAAUAUUUACUACUUUAAGUUCACUUAAAUUCGUCCAGAUUAGACAUUUUAAUCAAUCAAUCAAUCAAAUUUUAUUUGUAUAGCCCAUAUUCACAAUUCACAAUUCGUCUCAUAGGGCUUUAACAUGGUGUGACAUCCGCUGUCCUAAACCCUCAUUUUAAGUUAGCUAGCAUUAGCCAACAUUAGCUCCUGGCUAAACCUAGCUACGUCGGCCCUAGCAUAUUGAACUCUGGCAUAAUUCAAUGUUUAAUCUUUAAGAGGUAGGAUGAAGGUUGAUUAGUUGUGCUUUAAAGUCUGGUGUGUAGAAGUGCAACUGGUUCACUGAUGUUGUAGGACACAAAGAUAAAGCACUGCUUCUUCUGAAUGGGUACUUAAUUGAGUAUGUGAGAAAAACUAUAUAUUCACAAAAAUUCAGAAAAUAUCUGAAUCUUAUGGACGUAUAAAUCUUUCUGAAACAUUGCACAUUCUACAACAGAAAAAUAAAAAACCUAGAGUCAGAAGAAAAAGUUGGAGAUUUGUCUUUACGGAGUGACUCCAAAAAAAACUAUUUUUCUACAUUCUUUUAUUUGAUUGAGCUUGAAAUGUAAUUCUGGCCUAAAAACUUGAUUUAAGACUCCAACCACAUGUCUGUAAAGAACGUGUAAUUUAGCGGCCUGUGGUAAAUUAUCAAGAUGGUCAGUGUGGCUCUCAAUAAUAAUCCUGGACUAAAAACCAAUGAACAAUCUUUGUCUCAUAGUCCUGUCAAGGACCGAAAAAAAAAUGAUUGAUAAUGUCAGGAUAGUCUUUUAAGGCAUUUAAAGUUUUAUUUUGUCUUAUGAUCUAAACUCGCCAUAGUUCAACUGCACCUUAUUGAAUGAGAUAACUUUGUUUGUGAUCAAUGAUGCAUGUGCACAAGUCAUGGUCUAUACAGAGUUUUGAGAUACUGUGUGAGUGUCGAUUUAAUUAGUUAAAGACGCUGUGUUACUGAGUGUGUUUUGUUUGAAAAUGAGGUUGCUUUUUCUUUUGGAUAAUUUUUGGGGCAUUUUGCUUGAACAAAUGAGUAGUUUCCAUCGAAGAUCCAGACAGGAGACAUGGGUGGAAGAGAAUCGUAUGUAACAAAGGUCCCCAACUCUAAUGGAGUGUUAGGGCAUUGCAGUUACAUUGCUCAUGCCUUCCUCAUUGAAAGUGUUGGGUUCAGUUUGAAACUAAAUGCCCGCAUAUUCACAGGAGCUGGCAAGACUAUUUCUAAUGAACAGCCAUAUACAGCUAAAUAAAUUGUGGCUUGUGCUUCUUUUGACAAUACGAAAGCAAACCAGUCAACUGUAAUGGUUUUUUACAGAUCUCUGAUACUGGGGGUUUCUAUCCUCACACAUGCAGACAGCACGUAGUCUUCCACACUUAAUCAGCCUCUUCCCAGUGUCCCUUCCAAAGCGGCCAUCUCACUAUCGCUUAGGGUUGUUUUCAUCACUCUUGAUGUUACAUGUGAGAGAGAUGCCACAACAGGUAAUCAGAAAAAGCUAAGAUUAAAGAGAUGACUGACAAAUUAUUAACAGUAGCAUCCACUGAAUUCACUAUUUAAAGCUUCACUGCCACUUUUAAAUGCACUGCACCAUGAUCACGGUCCAAUCAAUUGUUGUGUUGGUUCAGUUGUCCUCAUCUUCUACUGGAGGAUGUUUCUAUAUCUGUUAGCAUUAGGUUAUUAGUGGCUAUGGAGUUAGGGUCUGUACUGUUUCUAGUUAACAUAGACGAGGACAAAGCAGGUUCUUCUGUUGAUGGCUGCACCUCAGUAUUAUAAUAUUUUUGUUCUUACAUUUUUUUCCUGCUGCACUCAGUCUGGUGCCGCUCAGACUUGAUUAAAGGUUCAGUGUAGAAGAUUUAGGUGAAAGAUUUUAUUGGCUGAAAUGGAAUAUAAUAGAAUAUAAUGGAAUAUUCCAGUGAUGUCUUCACAUGUGUGUAAUCAUCUAAAUUUUACAAAUUGUUGUUUUCUUUACCCUAGAAUGGGCCCUUUAUUUAUUUAUUUAUUUCAUUUGGCGCUUGUCCUUUCUACUGGGGCUGCCAUGUUUUUUACAGUAGCUCCGACUGGACAAACUAAACACCUUUUGAGUUUUUAUGACAACUGCAGGUUAACACAGGUUCUCUUUCAUGUUUGGAAGGGGAGGGUAAGGUGAGGGGUAUUCACCACUAAAUUCGACAAACUGAACCUUUAAAUCAGCUUUACGCCAGGUUUACACCGGACGCUGAAGCGAUGGUUAAGCGUCGCGUAAGCACAGCGCCAUGCCUUGAAUAACAGCUGGCUCCCAUCCACUCCCAUGUUAAUCCUCUGUGCCGGUCCCACCAGAGGCUGAGGGGCCGUGCGGAGCAAACAGCGGAGAAGUUCUUGAAGAUGGAUGACAUUAAAUUAAUAAUUGAAGUGGAGAAGGAGUACAGUGAGCUGUAUGAUCCUCGGCACAUGUUGUAUUAAGACAACAUUAAAAAGGACAAAUUCUGGGACGCCGUUGCAGUUAAUGACAAAUAUCAGCUGUAUGUGUGGUCACAGAGAGGAAUCGCAGGAUGACCGCCGCGGGGUUAAGAGUGUCCGGUGUGACCAGCCAAGCGCCGGCGCGCUAGGGAUUAGCGCUUACCCUUACGCGACACUUACGCGUCGCUUCAGCGUCUGAUGUAAACCCGGCGUAAGCCCUGCAUGUAAUCAUUGGCAGUCUGACAGAUAUUGUGCUGUCGCAGAGCUGUGAGCGUCUGCAGUGGAACAAUGAGACUGGCAGCAGUGUUUAAAUAUUAGACUCAGAUAUUUAUUCAGGCUGAUUUGAAUGAUAUGAUACUAAGUUGUUUGCUGCAAGCUGAUCCUUUUUUCAGUAGGAGGUUUAAGUUGAAUCCUUAAAACAUCUUUUGACCAGUUAAGCACUGGGGUAUACGAAAGCAGCAGUUUUUUGUGUUUGUUUACACAAUACUCUAUAAAUAUAUCAACUAUAAAAAAAAAUUUCACUUUUGGUGUAAAUAGCAUUUAUUCUCAAACUAGGAGUACUACAGUAUUCACGGCACACUGUUUAUGUGUAACCCUAUUAAUGUGACAUUUCUGUCUCAGUCAUGUUCUCACUGUGGUUAAUGCUCGCUGCCACUGUUAACCAUCAAGCAAUAUCAACAAAGCUGCAGAGAUCUAUUAAGAACAUCGACAUCCAAUGACAUAAUUGGACCAUACCAUGAUAUUUAGAGAGAGAGAGAGAUCUCUUUUGUGCACUGAAAGUUUUAGAGUCGGGCUUUAAGACCGUGUGUGUGUAUCAAUUAUGUGUGUGUGUUGCCGUAAGCUAGAAGGUGAUUUGACAUCAUUUUAUAUUAUAAGGACAGUGACCGAAACAGUCAGUUUAUAACUGAAGAGAUAAGAUGCAAACGUACAGCCUGCCAUUUACAAACUGUGUCUGUGGUAUCCAUUCCUAUAAACAAGCACACUUGACAUGAGCUCACCUUAAAUUUGUUACAGCACAGUAGAUGAAAACGAAGAGCAGCGGUGCACAAAUCUUGUUGUCUUAAAAAGUUGUCUUAAAACAACUAAAGUUGUUUUAAGACAACUUAUUCAUAAAAUUGGAUCAAUUAAACAUGAAUAUAAAAAAGUUAAAGUACAUCAGCAGUUAAAACUUUUAAGUGACUUUGGUUGGUUCAUUUCUUAGCUGCCCUGCUGUGAUGCAUAUUAACAAAGUGUCUACAACUGAUAAAAAAGAACUGUGAUUUCCUGUGAAUAUUUUUUUUGUAUCUCCAUUUUUAAUUUAAAGGUUCCGUGUGUAAAAUUGAGUGACAUCUAGUGUGAUCAGUUGUCCUAAUAAUGCAAAAGUUGUUUAGUUUAUCCGGAAUGGACUUCUGUAAAAAAGAAAAAGGUGGCCACAAUGGAGCGGACCAACUUCUGAUGUACAUACAAAGUAUUUAAAUAUAAAGGGCUCAUUCUAGGGUAAAGAAUAUAACAAUUGAUGAUUGCACACCAAUGCAACUAGGAUUAUUUUACAUUCCAUUUCUACCAAUAGAUUCCUUUCACCAAAAUCUGACACGCUGAACCUUUAAAGCUGCAGUAAUUAUACAUUUUUGGAGCCAGAGAAAAAACACCCAAAGUAACUAAAAAAGACAAACUGCAGUCACAAAAAAAUGUCUCUUUCUAUAUUUACACAUGAAUAUAUAGAUAUAAUUUCAUAUGAAAUGGGACCCGUGUGAACUUUAUUCAAAGCCAAAACUGACUUAUUGCUGUUCGCCUAAAUGUCAAGGUGCACAAGCGCAGUUGUCCUAAAAAUAUCAUAUUCUGAAAGAACUAUCAAACAACUGAACAAAAUGAUUCGAUGGGAACUUGCACAGUCCCGUGUUAUUGUUUUGAGUCUGAAUAACUAAAAAAUGUAAGGUCUUCAUUGUAAUAUUUAAAAAUAUAUAAAGACAAUCAUUGAGAUUAUUUUUGCCUUUAUUUGAUCAAGGUCUUCCUUUUGUUUUCAGCCAGUAAGGUUGAGGAGAUGUUUGUUGAAUGUUGUGUAAAAGUUCAAUUUGGACAUUACAUGAUGUUCAUUAUUGGGUGAAAUGAGGUGUAUCAGUUUUUCUCAGUGAAACAUUCGAAUGUAAAACCUGUUCAUGUUUAUUUCUGUGUCCAGAUCACAUAUCCUCAUUCAGUGGUCCGGCCUCAUGAGACUUACUACCGAUCAAACUGUAACUGAUAGAGCAGAGGAUUGUUACUUCCUGUUUCAGAGCGUCUGUUCAGAGGAAGCACAAUGUGAGGAGGUCACUGUGUAACACACACAUAAGAUGGUGGACCUGUGUGUUAGUCUAUUAUCCAAGAUUCAUAGCACUCAUGUUGUGUUUAGUAUCUCAAAAAAUGAAAUAAAAUGAUGCUUAACUUGA